AUGGGGGCGCUGGAAGGGCUUUACCGUAGCAGAAUCCAUACGUGUUUGGAGCUGUGUUUGGAGCUGUAUCCAAACAGUCCGAAGCCUUCAAGAAGCCAGGUCAUUUGGUUUCUAGGCUCCUCGAAGCGGCUGAUUGAACGUAGGUUUGGAGAUGGACCUCGUAUCUUAGCGAUGAAGGCUCUAAUCAGUGUUGUACGCGUACACGAAGUGUUACGUCUGUGCGCAACGUGCAAACGGUCGUGCAUCAAGAUCUCGAAUGAAUCCAUAUUUGAAGCAAGAGCAGUCCCUAAUGAUGCUUCAGUGAGUUCAAAGGACAGCAAGCAACGUCUACAAGUGGCCAGCGACGUUCAAAUCCUGGCUGGAGCAUCGGCCAGAAUUACUGCAGCAGUGAGGUCUUGUAGUAUGAUGCAUCGGGAUACGCUGGGUUGGCAGAGAAGGGAAAGAAGCUGCAGGAGCGUGAGCUUUUCUUCCAACUGGGGAACGUCGUUUUUGCAAAUCCCAUUCAUGUCUCUGAACGCUGAUGGCUUGCGAAGUUUAAGUCAAGAAGAUCCUCAAGAAACGCCGUACGCCAUCGCUAAAUUGACAUCAACUCCCAACAAUUUUUCCCGGCCCAGAUGAAUAUUUUCUUUCCAGGAUGACAACUUGUCUAGAACCUCUCCUUCAUCCUCGCACUCACAGUCCUCAAAUUCCCAUACACCUUUCCAGGCGGACUUCCCAAAAUCAAGCUCACAACCGCCUCUUGUGCGAUAUGAAUAUUCUUGAAUCCACCCAGAAUAUGCACCUUCUGAUCCGCAAGCACAAUUCUUGUCCUGCUCGCAUUCUCAAUCGCAAAUUUUGUCUUGCCAUCUUUGCCCGCGAUACGUCCAAUCGCUCGGCUUUUGUGCUCGCCCUCCAGAUUCUUGACAUCCUUGAUUUCGAAACUUCGAAUGUAAAGGUCGUCCAGUCGCAAAAGUGCGAUUGCAUCGUCGAGAUCAAAUCCCAAGCAAAAGGCUUCGAUGAAGUCUGCACCUUUCUGAAUAGCGCCUGUGUCGGUUGUGUGCGAAGAUGUGCGAAGUUCUACAGCUUUCUUGGCGAUGUUCAUUCGGACUUGCAAUUUGAGGUGCUCGACUAAAGGAGGGUAGAUCUUGGUCCAUUCGUUCUUGAGAGGUGUCAUGCGGUGCGGUGGUACUCGCA